AUGACUGAACAAGAUUUUGAAGAGGAUAUAAAGGCGACCGAGCAGUGGCGAUGGACUGAAGCUCAAGGCCUGGAGCUCGUCGUGUCAGCUCAAACGGCCGUCAACCCUACUUCUAUUAACGGCGCAGGGGUCGAGACAGGGGAGACACCCUCGAUGGCGGAGGCGGCGGAGGUUCCCACCGCAGGUGGGAAGAAGGAAGGCGGAGACUCUGGCGGCGGGGAGACGGAGAAGCCCGGGUCGCCGCCGCAGCCGGUGGGGUUCGGGGAGCUUUUCCGGUUCGCUGACGGGCUGGACUAUCUGCUGAUGGCGAUCGGCACGGCCGGCGCGGUUGUGCACGGCAGCUCCCUGCCGUUGUUCCUUAGGUUCUUCGCCGAUCUCGUGAACUCUUUCGGGUCCAAUGCCAACGAUGUCGAUAAAAUGUCGCAGGAAGUUCUGAAGUAUGCAUUAUACUUUCUGGUUGUGGGAGCUGCCAUAUGGGCAUCUUCAUGGGCAGAGAUAUCUUGCUGGAUGUGGACCGGAGAGCGACAGUCGACGAAAAUGAGGAUUAAGUAUUUAGAAGCUGCUUUAAACCAAGACAUUCAGUACUUCGACACGGAGGUUCGAACAUCCGAUGUUGUUUUCGCCAUUAACACGGAUGCUGUUAUGGUCCAGGAUGCAAUUAGUGAAAAGCUGGGGAAUUUCUUGCACUACCUAGCAACAUGUGUUUCUGGAUUUGUAGUGGGUUUUAGUGCAGUCUGGCAAUUGUCUUUGGUAACUCUUGCCGUAGUUCCAUUGAUAGCCGUUAUCGGUGGCAUUCACACGGUCACAUUAGCGAAGCUUUCCGGCAAAAGCCAAGAAGCUCUUUCACAAGCAGGAAAUAUUGCAGAACAGACAAUAGCCCAGAUUCGAACAGUUUUAGCAUUCGUGGGAGAGUCGAGGGCACUACAGUCCUACUCUGCAGCCUUGAAAGUUGCCCAGAAGAUUGGGUACAAAAUUGGAUUUGCCAAAGGUUUGGGGCUUGGGGCAACAUAUUUUACGGUAUUUUGCUGUUAUGCGCUCCUGCUAUGGUACGGUGGGUAUCUUGUUCGGCACCAUUUCACGAACGGAGGCCUUGCAAUAGCUACAAUGUUUGCCGUCAUGAUUGGUGGACUUGCGCUCGGGCAAUCUGCUCCGAGUAUGGCAGCGUUUGCAAAGGCACGAGUGGCGGCUGCCAAAAUAUUCCGAAUCAUCGACCACAAACCGAGUGUCGAGAGAAAUAACGAGUCGGGUUUGGAGUUGAACUCUAUAACCGGGCAAUUGGAGCUUAAGAACGUGGACUUUUGCUAUCCCUCAAGGCCCGAGACUCAAAUACUGAAAGAUUUCUCUCUUACUGUCCCCGCUGGGAAGACGAUAGCCCUAGUCGGGAGUAGCGGCUCGGGGAAAAGUACGGUUGUGUCCCUCAUCGAGAGAUUUUACGAUCCCACUUCAGGGCAAGUGCUGUUAGAUGGCCAUGACAUAAAAGCAUUAAAGUUGAGAUGGUUGAGGCAGCAAAUAGGGCUGGUAAGCCAAGAGCCUGCAUUAUUCGCCACCACCAUUAAAGAAAACAUACUCUUGGGAAGGCCCGAUGCUAGUUUGGUCGAAAUCGAAGAGGCUGCCCGAGUAGCUAACGCGCAUUCGUUCAUCGUCAAGCUUUCAGAUGGCUAUGACACUCAGGUCGGCGAGAGGGGUCUCCAGCUGUCGGGCGGGCAGAAGCAGAGAAUCGCCAUUGCACGAGCCAUGCUCAAGAACCCGGCCAUCCUUCUAUUGGACGAGGCCACGAGCGCUUUGGAUUCCGAAUCAGAAAAGCUCGUUCAGGAGGCCCUCGACCGGUUCAUGAUCGGUAGGACAACUCUCGUAAUCGCCCACCGUCUCUCCACCAUCCGAAAGGCUGAUCUCGUGGCCGUCUUGCAGCAGGGCAGCGUUUUCGAGAUCGGGACCCAUGAUGACCUCAUCGCUCGAGGCGAAAACAGUCUCUACGCAAAGCUCAUCCGAAUGCAGGAGGCCGCUCACGAGGCAGCUGUCAACAAUGCUCGAAAAAGCAGUGCAAGGCCGUCGAGCGCAAGAAACUCGGUGAGCUCGCCAAUCAUCACCCGGAACUCGUCUUAUGGCCGUUCGCCUUACUCAAGGAGGCUCUCCGACUUCUCGACGUCCGACUUCAGCCUCUCGUUGGAAGGCGGCUACCCGAGCUACCGACACGAGAGGCUCGCGUUCAAGGAGCAGGCGAGCUCUUUCUGGCGACUUGUCAAGAUGAACUCUCCCGAGUGGGCCCACGCCCUUCUCGGCUCGGUGGGGUCCGUCGUCUGCGGUUCCCUCAGCGCGUUCUUUGCCUACGUCCUGAGCGCUGUCCUCAGCGUAUACUACAAUCCAAACCACGCAUACAUGAUCGAACAAAUCGCGAAAUAUUGCUAUCUAUUGAUAGGUGUUUCGUCAGCCGCGCUCAUUUUCAACACGCUGCAACACUAUUUCUGGGAUACGGUCGGUGAAAAUCUGACUAGGCGAGUCCGGGAGAAGAUGCUGGAGGCAGUGCUGAGAAACGAGAUGGCGUGGUUCGACAUGGAGGAGAACGAGAGCUCGAGGGUGGCUGCCAGGCUGGCGCUCGACGCUAACAAUGUUCGCUCAGCCAUCGGUGACCGGAUCUCCGUCAUCAUGCAGAACUCGGCACUGAUGCUCGUGGCUUGCACGGCCGGGUUCGUUCUCCAGUGGCGACUAGCCCUCGUGCUCAUCGGCGUGUUCCCUGUCGUGGUUGCCGCCACCGUUUUGCAGAAAAUGUUCAUGAAUGGAUUCUCCGGCGACUUGGAAGCCGCGCACGCUAAAGCUACCCAACUGGCCGGCGAGGCCGUCUCCAACCUUCGCACGGUUGCCGCCUUCAACUCGGAGCCCAAGAUAGCCGCACUCUUCACCUCCAGCCUUCGGUCACCUCUUCACCGCGCCUUCUGGAAAGGCCAAAUAGCGGGGAGCGGCUACGGCCUCGCCCAAUUUGCCCUCUACGCCUCCUACGCACUCGGCCUCUGGUAUGCCUCGUGGCUCGUCCGCCACGGACUCUCCGACUUUUCCCGCGCAAUCCGCGUCUUUAUGGUCCUAAUGGUCUCCGCAAACGGGGCAGCCGAGACACUCACCCUUGCCCCCGACUUCAUCAAAGGCGGUCGAGCCAUGCGUUCCGUUUUCGCCCUUCUGGACCGGGCCACUGAGAUCGAGCCCGACGACCCGUCCGCCGCCCCCGCCCCCGACCGCCUCCGCGGCGAGGUCGAGCUCAAGCACGUUGACUUCGCGUACCCGUCCCGGCCCGAUUCUCCCGUUCUCCGCGACCUCACCAUUCGGGCCCGAGCCGGGCGGACCCUAGCCCUCGUCGGCCCGAGCGGGUGCGGCAAGAGCUCCGUGGUCGCCCUCGUGCAGAGAUUCUACGAGCCGUCGUCUGGACGGGUGACGAUCGAUGGGAAGGACGUCCGAAAGUACAACCUCCGGUCGCUUAGGCGCCACGUGGCGGUGGUCCCGCAAGAACCGUGCCUCUUUUCGACCACGAUCUACGAGAACAUAGCCUACGGUCGGGAGUCAGCCAUGGAGGCCGAGAUCGUCGAGGCCGCCACGCUGGCGAAUGCGCACAAGUUCGUGUCGUCAUUGCCCGACGGGUACAAAACGCACGUGGGGGAGCGUGGGGUACAGCUGUCGGGUGGGCAGAAGCAAAGGAUAGCGCUCGCCCGAGCCUUUUUGAGGAAGGCGGAGAUUAUGGUGCUUGACGAGGCGACGAGCGCGUUGGACGCGGAGUCGGAGAGGUGCGUGCAGGAGGCGCUCGAAAAAGCGUGCGUGGGUCGGACGACAAUUGUGGUGGCCCACAGGCUGUCGACAAUAAGGAACGCGCACGUGAUUGCGGUGCUGGACGAGGGGAAGGUGGUUGAGCAAGGGUCCCACGCGCACCUGAUGAAGAACUACCCUGACGGGAUAUACGCUCGCAUGAUACAUCUGCAGAGACUCACGAACGGGCACGGUGGCGAUGCGGUUAACGGGCCGGGUUCGAGUUCGUCGUCCAGUUUCAGAUCGUGA